AUGCUAUUAUCGAUAAUUACAGUUCUCUUGUCAUCAGUACUACUUCGGCAUUGUCUUCAAAAUGACAGAGAUAUGACAAAAAUCCAGUUGGAUCUAGCCUUAGACAUUUAUCGAGAUCGCUUUCCAGAUUCCGUGGAACCAGCGUUUUUUUCACCUUUUGCAAUUACUAGUGCACUUUCGACUUUUUAUGAAAGGACUACUGGAGAUUCUGAGAAUCAACUAAAUAAUUUGCUUGCUAAAGGAGAAUCAAAAGAAAAAUUGUUGCAUUAUGUAAGAAUGGCAAAUAGAAGAUUUGAAGAAAAUGCUGACAAAGUAGAAAUUGGCAUAGGAAGUCAACAUUUGAUGAAUGACUACCUUGCAUUUGAAGAAAAUACUGAUGGAAGGACACAUGAUAAUGAUGUACGCAAUACGAUUUCUAUUGACUAUAGCUCAGAUCAACAACUUGACGAAAUUAGGAAACAUAUUGGCGAAUGGAUAAAAAAUCGUACAGAGCACCGAACAAGAAAUGUGAUAUUUUUCAAUGAUAGCAGCUUACUGUUUAGUGUCUUCGAAAUUCAUUGCGGACUUAAAUGGCUUUACAAGUUUAAACUAUUAAGAAUGAAGAGUGUUUUUCGAAUUUCAGAUAAAAAAGUAGAAAAGGUUCGAAUGAUGAAAACAGUAGCAAAAAAAUUAGCAUAUGCAGAAACUGAAGAAGCAAAAAUCAUCGCUUUACCAUUUGAGAGUGAAAAAAAAUUUAUGCUAAUUAUAAUACCACGAAAAGGAAACUUAUCAAACUUGGAAAGCAAACUUACAGGAAAUAAAUUACAUCAAUACAUUAAAACAUUGUCAAUUACAAAUGCAAUUGAGGUUACAAUGCCAAUGUUUGAAAUCAGGAACGUUAUUGAAUUAGGUCCUUAUUUGAAAGAUAGAAAUAUUGCACUCUGUGAUCAAAACAGCGAUUAUUAUGAUAAUGAUAAUGAACAAUUAUGUUUACAAAACCCAGUUCGCGCGGUGGCUCAUAUAAAAGUAAACGAGCAUGGGAUUUAUAAUCCAGAAUGGCCAAUGACCCCAAACAAAGAUGAAAAUGUGAAUGCUUCCAGAAAUAGUCGUAAAAUCGUUAUCGAACAAUCGUUUAUAUUUGCGAUUGGUGAUUUUCGCCCAACCAUUUAUUUCAUGGGUCGCUAUACUGGCAAAGACAUUUCCCUACCUAUUACUUAUAAUAAAGCUGAUAAUUGA